AUCAGUAUUAUCACUAUGUGCUAUUUUUGGCUCCUGAGUACAUCUCUCUUGGCGUCAUCCUUCCCACUCCAGCCCUGGUACGAAGGGCGCAAACUCUUCUUUCCCCUCCCUUGUCCUCCGCUGCCGCUCCCGUCUGCGCGGUGCCUCAGAGGGGUCUCCGGACGCUUCCCCCUGGUCCUUCUCAUUUUCCUGGGCAAGAGGCUUUCCAUCCAAAGCUUCAUGCAGGAGGCUUCAUGUUGGCAUCCAGGGUACAUGUCCCAGAUAUGUCCAGCCUCACUUUCUGAUCCUAGUGGCAAGGAGCCACAGACAGAUGACAGUAGCUAUCCUCCUUCCAUUCUGAGGAAAAGGCCACCUGUGGACCAAGCUGUGGGGGAAAAGCGGAGAGCAGAGAGAAGGGUUCGAUUUCGUGAGCCAGAAGAAGUCAUCGAACAUGUCAUUUCCUGCUGUGACUACGUAGUGGCAGAUGACAGGACAUCAUCUGGAUUGCCUGUGCUCCUGUGGCUCUCGUUUUGUGCAGUGCUGAUUCUUGCUGUGAGCCUCUACUACACCAGCAUGAAGCAGGAUGUCAAAGUCCUGGAGGAAUUUCAAUCCCGACUUGUCAUCUUCUUCCUUCAUAUAAGACACGUUGCUCAGAGGUGCUGGACUUGGUUUAUGAGGCAGUAGCAGUGUCCUUCAGCCUGACACUGCUAAGAAACAUCAGUGCAAAGCUCCCAGCCUACGGCAGCCACAUGCAAGGAACACAUGAGCAUCCACCCCAAAGAGCAAGAAAAUCACCCCUGCUGUGCACCAUCUGGCAAACACUUGUUCUCCUUUCUCCUUCUUUGUUGUUUGGGGUUUUCUUCACAUCAAUGGACACUCAAACUAAAGCCUCCUCAAGUCUCCUAAGAAUUAUUUUGGAAAAGUUAAAAUAAAGCUGAGCUGUUGCACAGACACUGCUCUGGUAGUCAAAGGCUUGGCAAGCUGCUAUAUUUAUAUACCUGAAAUGAUUAUUAGUAAAAUCCCAGCUAACAGCUUUCUUGUUUCUCUUCAUGUUUUGUUUUUCCUCCAUGAGCAAAAGCUGGUUCUUAAUGCUUCACUUGACUCCCAGCUGUGAAAAAGAACACGGAAACUCAUUUAAACAGAAAAUAGUUUAUUUGCCUAACAUAACAAAUAGCAGCAUUGGAACCCAGGUUAAUCAUCAAAUCAGUAUUUUAAUCCUCUGGGUUUGAUUCUGUCCAUAAACCCCACAGGCUGACAUGCAAGAUUUAUGACAGUGCUUGUAUUCAGACAGAGGUUAUGCCUUCAUGUUCAAGGCCCUGUAUCAUGGCAAUGUGGAUUGCUUAUGAAGGUGUUGGAUGCACAGUUCCUUUAUCACUCCAUUGUCCCACCAUACUAUGAAUUUCUCUGAAAGAAAUUCUUUCAAUGGAGAUCAUGGGAAAUGGUGUUCUUGGGUAUCUGAGAGGAGAACAAAUGACUGCAAGUUCAUGAGCUUCAAAGAACCGACACAACCAGAUUUUUAGACCUUAGAUUCUCCUAAUGUAGCACCUGAUGUGUGCUUUGGUUAUUUUUUAUGGUAAGAUUGACAUCAGAAUCUCUAAGAGCUGAAGUAAAAUGGAAAAAUAGGGGGGGAAAAAACACUCCAAAGAUGAAGAGAUGUCUGCAAGACCUUGGCUUAUAUUCCCCUUGCCACUGCAACAAUCAAAAAGAAAAUAUGGUGCUUUAUUUUUAGUUAUUUUUUCAAAAGAGGGCCAUACAUCUGCCCUUCUCCCAAGGAGCCCAAGAACUUUAACCAGGAGAGGAUAAACAGAAACAUCACAGACAACCUUUUCUUAGGAGAAGAGAGGUCAGCAGCUUGAUUGAGAACAAGUCAGAAAAAUUGCAGCCCAAGACAGAAAGUGCCUUCAGUGGCGACUCUGAUGCCCCUCUUAGGCUGUCAAAGCCACAGGGGUGGCCUGGGGCAGGAGCUGCGUGGGGAGCAGAGGUUGCUCUGGUCUGGGAAGCAGAGGGUGCUGCAGGAGCAGUGUUUGGCACAGGGGCUGUGUGCAGAUCACUCAGGUACCCCAGCUCAGAGGGAAAGUCCCACCACUGCUUGCCUCCCACUGUCUCAGCCCUGCUGUUUUGGUAAUAAAGAGGAAAGGUUUUAAACAUGUGUGCUGGUGAAUCUCUGGGGAAAACAUUUAGAUUGGUACAUGGAGCAAGGGGGUCAUUUCGACUUCUGUUUACAUUUUUUAAUGUUAGUGGAGUUUUUAAUGUCAAGGUUGAACUCUCUGGCAAAUCAGUGGUGUUUCUUUUUGGCUCUGGGCUGACUCCUCUUAGGACUGUGAGGGAAAAUGAAGAGCUGGUGUGAAGACCAUGUAUGUGCUCACCUUCCUGCACAGCUCCCCAGGAGAUGGAUGGAGGACCACCUUUUCCACUGAGCGUGCUUUAAAUGGAAAAUGUCCACGUUCCUUUUCUUGGGCCCGAUUUAUAGUGUGAGAACUGCUAUCACAUCUGGGCUGUCAGGGAUAUUUAGCAGAGGAACAGCUAUUUUCGUCUUUUGUGUUGGCUCUGUUUGGGACUGUUUUGGGCAUGGGAAAAGGCAGCACUUGAGUUAUCUUGAGACCACUGUUGAGGUCUCACCAUGGCUUUACAAGGUCUCCCAGGUCAGGAUUGUUUACAGUGGUCAGUCAGAUACUUGGCAGGCAGCAGAAAGACAAAUUAAAUUUGCCUCAAAGCCAGAAGGUCUGAAAUAAAUAAAAGUUAAAACCUGGCAGAGCAGUGGCAUCUUGUAGGUGAAGGAGCUGAAGUUAAGAAAGCCAUUGCAUGUGGGAGUGAAUAAUGUAGGUCAAUAACAUGACUGGGAAUAGGAGAAAAAUUUCCAUCUCCUGGGCUUACAAUUUUUUAGUGCUGCACAACUUCACUGUGGACUUACCUCUUUUAUUUCCUUCUCACACUGAGGAUCCUUUUCCAUUCAUCCAUCCUUAAACACAAGCAAGCCCUCUUCCCUCUCUGCCUCUUCAUUCUUCAUCUAUCAUAGCUUUAUCUUCACCACUGUGAGCUGGAUGUGAUUUCUCCUUACUCUUGUUGAGUGGUGUUUUUUCUGGGUGUGACACCUGUAUAAGUUUGGAUCUCUAAAAUUACAUAAAAUCAUCUGUGUUGGGUAAUAAUCCCUUGCUGGUCAUAUUGGGUAAUAUUUGCCUUCAGUACAACUCCUGAGAAUUUCUCAAUAGAGGUAAAAAGGAGAAAGAGUACAUAAUUUAUUGCAAACAGUGAAGAUGCUCACCUGAAUUGACACUGGAGCCAGCUUGGUGACUUGUUUCAGAAGUCAAAAGUCCUGCAGCCAACCAGCUCUGGGCAAUUGUAUAAUGAAGCUUGGAAAUAGCUGUGUUUUAGAUAUAAAGGACUGGAAGAGGGAGUGAUGUAGGACAGGACCCUUGGUGCUGUUUUUGAAGCAGCCAGUGGGUAGGAGGCAUUCCCAGGGGCAGUGUCUGGGGUGGCAGGAGACAAAGGGCCAGGGGAGGGCAGCAGGUCUGUGCAUGACAAUGGACUAAUAGCAGUCCCCAAGGGUGGAAGUGCUGCUUAAAUUCCCUUAUGCACUGAGUAUGUAACUAACACACAACAGAAAUAAGCAGACCACAAAAGAAGGGUAAGUGUUGUUUUGACAGUGUUCAGCACAUUCCUGCAGUGUGAACUGUUGGAGGGCAGCUGCCAACACCCUCUUCAGGCACAUCAGCAGCACCUGAUUGCAGCAGCAGGCAUAUCCAUACCCAUAUGAUUAGAGGAGAUAGUGAAAGACACAGAGAGAUGACACUGGAUGGUUUUGCAUUAACCUUUUGAUGCACUCAGCAUUAGCACCAGUAAAAGGCAGUCCCAAAGCCUGCCUUGAGUCCCCCUCCUUCCCUUCAUCUCUCCAACCCUGAUAGUCUGGAAAUGAGCCCAUAGCAGCAAUUGUAAUUGUCAUUUCUGCCUUUUGCCACUUAGAAGCAAGCAGAAG